GACAUCCGACGUGGAGCUGGUUAUGUGUCACAAAUAUCAUCCUGUUUUCUUGUAUUAAACAGUUUAUACAGCAAUAAAAUAAAGACAAAGUGAACAAAAACUCUAUAGGCAUCAGUAACGAUGGCCACUUAUGAAGAAUAUAUUCAACAAAACGAGGAUAGGGAUGGUAUUAGGUUCACUUGGAACGUAUGGCCAAGUAGCAGGAUAGAAGCUACACGACUUGUGGUGCCCCUGGGUUGUUUAUAUCAACCCUUGAAGGAAAGACCUGACUUACCCCCAAUACAAUAUGAUCCUGUGUUAUGUACCAGAAAUAACUGUAGGGCUAUUUUAAACCACCUUUGCCAGGUGGAUUACAGAGCUAGAUUGUGGGUGUGUAACUUUUGCUUUCAAAGAAACCCUUUUCCUCCACAAUAUGCUGCUAUUUCCGAGCAAGCUCAACCAGCUGAAAUUAUGCCUCAGUUUUCAACAUUAGAGUAUACUAUUACAAGAGCUCAAUGUUUACCGCCUAUUUAUUUACUUGUUGUUGAUACAUGUAUGGAUGAGGAGGAAAUAGGGGCUCUUAAAGAUUCCUUGCAGAUGUCGCUUAGUUUGUUGCCUCCAAAUGCUUUGAUUGGUUUGAUAACUUAUGGGAAAAUGGUGCAAGUACAUGAAUUAGGCACUGAAGGGUGCAGCAAAUCCUACGUGUUCCGCGGCACAAAAGACCUAACCUCGAAACAGGUGCAAGAAAUGUUGGGAAUCGGCAAGGUGGCCGUGGCGCCGCAGCCGCAGCAGCAAGUGCCCGGCCAGCCAAUGAGGCCGCAGCAACCGCCGGCGCCGCCUGGCAGCCGAUUCCUGCAACCCGUGUCCAAGUGCGACAUGAGCCUGACCGACCUGAUCGGCGAGCUGCAGAGAGAUCCGUGGCCCGUUCCGCCCGGCAAGCGGUCGUUGAGAUCCACCGGCACCGCCCUCUCCAUCGCCAUCGGCCUGCUGGAGAGCACCUACCCCAACACGGGGGCCAGGGUGCUGCUGUUCUGCGGCGGUCCCUGCUCGCAGGGUCCGGGUCAGGUGGUCAACGACGAUUUGAAACAGCCCAUCAGGUCGCAUCACGAUAUCCACAAGGACAACGCCAAGUACAUGAAGAAGGGAAUCAAACAUUACGAGAAUUUGGCGAUGAGAGCGGCAACGAACGGACAUUGCGUCGACAUUUAUUCUUGCGCUUUGGAUCAAACCGGUUUGAUGGAAAUGAAGCAGUGCUGUAACUCCACGGGAGGUCACAUGGUAAUGGGAGAUUCCUUUAACUCAUCACUAUUCAAACAGACAUUCCAACGAGUAUUCACAAAAGACCAGAAAAACGAACUAAAAAUGGCAUUUAACGGCACACUGGAAGUAAAAUGUUCCAGGGAACUAAAAAUUCAGGGCGGAAUCGGUUCGUGCGUUUCGUUGAACGUGAAAAACUCAUCGGUAUCCGAUACCGAAAUAGGUAUGGGCAACACCGUGCAAUGGAAAAUGUGCACCCUGAAUCCCAGCACGACGAUCUCCCUAUUUUUCGAGGUCGUCAACCAGCAUUCUGCGCCCAUACCGCAAGGUGGCAGAGGGUGCAUACAGUUCAUCACACAGUAUCAACAUGCAAGUGGGCAGCGUAGAAUAAGAGUAACCACGGUAGCGAGAAAUUGGGCGGAUGCUACAGCAAAUAUUCAUCAUAUUAGUGCAGGUUUUGAUCAAGAAGCCGCUGCGGUUAUGAUGGCCAGGAUGGCCGUUUACAGGGCCGAAAGUGAUGACAGCCCUGACGUGCUUCGAUGGGUUGAUAGGAUGUUAAUAAGACUGUGUCAAAAAUUCGGAGAAUACAACAAAGACGACCCGAACUCCUUCAGGCUGGGCGAAAACUUCAGCCUCUACCCGCAAUUCAUGUACCACUUGCGUCGCUCGCAAUUCUUACAAGUGUUCAACAAUUCGCCCGACGAAACGUCAUUCUACAGGCACAUGCUGAUGCGCGAAGAUCUCACCCAGUCGCUGAUCAUGAUCCAGCCGAUUUUGUACAGCUACAGUUUUAACGGACCGCCGGAGCCCGUGCUGCUAGACACGAGCUCCAUACAGCCCGACAGGAUUUUGCUGAUGGACACGUUCUUCCAAAUACUCAUUUUCCACGGAGAGACGAUUGCACAGUGGCGUAACUUGAAGUACCAGGAGAUGCCGGAGUACGAAAAUUUCCGACAGCUACUGCAAGCUCCUGUGGAUGAUGCGCAGGAAAUUCUACAAACUCGUUUCCCAAUGCCCAGAUACAUCGAUACUGAGCAGGGUGGUUCUCAAGCCAGAUUUUUACUGUCAAAAGUGAACCCAAGUCAGACACACAACAAUAUGUACGCGUAUGGUGGGGCCAUCAUGACAGGUGGUGCAAAUUCGGAUGGUGGUGCGCCUGUUUUGACAGACGAUGUUUCUUUGCAAGUGUUCAUGGAUCAUCUUAAGAAAUUGGCGGUGUCAUCUACAGCAUAGGGUUAAGAAAAAAACAAAUUGUCUAUAUUAUUUUAUUCUCAGUUAAAUAUUAAUUUAUUUACAAAUGGUUUUAAAUGUUCUGUAAGUAAAAUAUAUAUCUAUAAAAUGUGUUUUAUUUCAAUAUACCUCACGGAUAUAUUUUUAAAGCUAUUAUAAAUAAGGAAUGGACUAUAUAAAUUGGUUUUUCUGACUACAUUUUUAGUGAUGAUUUUUCUUAACAUCAAUAAAUAACCAAAAAAUGUACACAAUAUGGUUGUUUAAAAAAACAAGAAUAAUACUUAAGAA